AUGAAUACGCAAUCAUCUUUAGUGAUAGCUCAAAUACCUCGAAAAAAGCAAUUUUACAAAACGAAAAUGUGCCCAUGGUUUUUUUCGGGGAGAUGUGAUAGAGGGGUAGAUUGUUUAUUCGCUCAUUCUCAAGAUGAAUUAAAUCCAAUUCCUGAUUUAUCAUUUACUAGUUUAUGCCCACUAGCCAAAAAAUCAGGUUUAUGCAAAAAUGAAAAAUGUAGUUAUGCUCAUUCUGUUUGUGAAUUAAGGCCGACAGGGGAUUUAUAUAAAACAGCUCCUUGUACGAAAUUCUUGAGAGGAAAAUGUAAUGCAGAAGCACACUGUAGACACGCUCAUUAUAUUGAAGAAUUGAGACCUUUACCUGGAAAUUUAUCUCCAUCUCAAAAUGCUAUUAACUUAAUGCUAUCAUCAUCCUUAUCGAACUCUUUACAAAAAAUGAACAAAAAAAGCAAUUUUUUGAAUGAAGAAAAAAAGAAUGAAAAAGUUUUAAAACAAUCAAAUUCAUUAAUAGGCAAUUUUCCAUCACAGAACAAUAAGUUUACAAAAAGAUUUGUAAAAAAUGCAAGUGCUAAUAAUAGCAAUAUAAAUAAUAAUGUAAAUAAUAAAAAUUAUCAAAAAAGUUCAUCUUUUCCAAAUAAAAUGUAUCCUAUACUAUUAAAAAAUAAAGAUAAUAAUGGAGAAUCAAAAAUGCAUAAUAAUGUAAAUUUUAAAAAUUAUUUGAUAAAUAAUGACAUGGAAAAUAAUAAUAACAUUAUGAACAAUUUUAAUCUAAACAAAUUACAAAAUAUGUGUAAUAAAAAGAAAGAAGUAGGUAGAAGCCAUAAAUCACUUAAUGAAGUAAGAGGACAGGACAAUAAUAUUAACGUAAAUAGUAACAAAUUUUAUAAUUUAAAUAAGACGAAAAAUAAUGAUACGAUAAAUCACUACUCUUCAUUCUCCACUAAAGAGCCUUCUACUCCUAUGAGAAUGUCUAGCACUUCUUCAAAGGAUUUUACAUCGAAUAAUGAAGAAAAUAACUUAGUAGAUACCAUUGAGCAUAUGGAAAUUACUGCUCAAGAUAGUGCACUAAAAGUUAUUGAAGAUGAUUCAGAAAAAAUGAAUUCUUCUGAUAUCAAAAAUUUCUUAAAUUUACUACAUAUGAAAAAUUCAAGUAAUUUUAGUAAAGAUAAUUUUUUAUUUAAUGAUGAUAGUACAAAUAAUAACAACGCUAUAUAUUCAUCUUACAACACAUUGUCCUCAUCUAAAGGUAAAUUAAAUCAUCAAUUAAAUUUAGAUUCUCAUUUUUCAGAACAUUAUCUAAAUAAAAGUAUACAUCAUAUCAAAAGCAAUGAAGAAAAUACAGAAACAUAUGACCCAACUAACAAUUUUAAAAAUGUAUAUAAAUUGAACAAUAAUUCUUUAAUUAGUUGCUCGAAUUUUUGGAAUUAUCCCGAAGAUGAAUUGUCCACUGUUGCUCCAAAAAUGGCACAAAAAGUGGAAAUAUUUGACUAUUAA